CACCCAUGGCCUGAGACAUGUGCUGCGCUCCCGGUGGCCGGAAGGGGGCCUUGGGGAGGCUGUUAGUGGUUGCUUUCGUGAUUGAGGGGUUGCUUUGCGGGGCAGUUAGUCAAGAAGAUGAAAUGGUGGACUUAUUGGCAAAAGCAAGACUACAGACUGAACCUCAGGGAGUCCAAAGAAUCCUUGGACGAUGUUGGAAUGAUUCGCUUGAUUGGGAACCACAACAAUCAGAAUGGGCUUUCAGAUGGACCCAGCAAUCGCAAAUCUCCAUAAGUACUCAGGAGUGCUUUGCAGAUGUAUUCCCAACUGAUUUUUCCAUUCUCGCUGUAGCCAGACCAACACCAGGUGCAACAUAUCCCCUUUUUACUCUGUACAGUAGAGACGGCGAUGAACAACUAUCUGUUAAUGUUGGAAGUGACAUAAGCGUAUACUACGAAGACACCGAAGAGCUGCCUUUAGAGAACAACCUCAUACCCUUCGGAGUUGCUAUAGACGAUGGAGAAUGGCACAGGCUAGGAUUCAGUAUAAAAGGAGAUUCUAUAACCCUAAUACAGGACUGUAAAAAUACCGUCACCAAGUCACUGUUGAGAGGAAAAAGAUCAAAGCUGAGCAUUGAUGGAAUUAUCAGCAUUGGAUACGAACUAGCUGCUGAAUCAUACUUCAAUGGUGACAUCCAAAUGUUGAAAAUUGCUUCAACACCAGACGAAGCAUAUGAAAUGUGUGUGAAGUACGCCCCCGAGUGCGACGUAAUCUACAACAGAUAUAGUAGCGAAUUCAGCAGUAGUUCCGCCACUUGGGGUUCUAGCAGUUCAUCCAGAGGUAGCACUAGCAGAAGCAGUAGUUCAACCAGUUUUAGUACUACUAGUUCCGGUUCCAGCAUGUCAGGUGGUAUAACCAGAGACGAGUCAUAUGAAGAUUUGGAAGCCUCCAACAACCAGAGUCGGCAAGGCAACGAGAACAAUGCUGUAUUCAACGAAAUAAACAGCCAAAUAUCAUUCACCGGCAACAUAGAAUCUGGCAGAAAUAAUAAAACAGAGGAAGCUACUGAAAGUGACUUAUCAGUUGAAGGCAGAUUGAACUUCGCAGGGAAAUUUAACCAUGCAGGUUCAUUAGUAGGUCCGGAUCUUAACAAUACAACGCCAACGACGAUUAUUAAUGAAGAGGACGAUGUUACCACCAUAGGACCAGAUAUCAGUUUGCCCGACUCAGGCUACAGCAGUGCAUCUGUGAAUCCAAAUUUCCCUUAUGGAUACAUCAGAGGACCACCUGGUCCAAGAGGGUACCCUGGAUCCCCAGGAAUGCCAGGACCAAUCGGAACGAAAGGGGAACCUGGUAGAGACGGGAUAAACGGAGCCGUUGGAGCUCCCGGGCCUCCAGGAAACGUUUUCAUGAUACCGCUAAAUACACAGAGCAACGAAAAAGGUCCAGAUGCUCAAGCCGAAACGUUCAGGCAGAUGAUGGCCCAGCACAUGAUGGCAAUGAGAGGUACAGAAGGACCAAUAGGAUUGACCGGAGUUCCAGGACCUCAGGGACCCCCAGGACCGGAAGGGAUGAAAGGAGAACCUGGAGAUAGUGGGGAACCAGGCCUACCGGGAGUGCGGGGUCCUCUCGGCCCAGCUGGCCGUGAAGGGAGAAGAGGUAUUGCUGGAAGAGAUGGGGAAAGAGGGCUUACUGGACCGCCAGGAGCUAAAGGAGACCAAGGACUAAUUGGACUACCAGGUUUGCCUGGGGACAAAGGUGAAAGAGGAGCUGUGGGUAGCACAGGAGAGAAAGGAUCACCUGGCCACGAUGGGCCACAAGGUGAAGAGGGGCCCCAAGGAUUGCCAGGAAUGACAGGAGAAAUGGGACCAAGGGGUUUCACAGGACCCAGAGGUAUUCCUGGUCUCCCAGGCCCUCCAGGACUUCCUGGAUCAGAAGGUGGCCUGGGUAGCAAAGGACAUCCAGGCCCUGUAGGGCAACCAGGUCAUCCGGGUCAAUCAGGUCCUCCUGGAGAUGUAGGACCUCCAGGACCUCAGGGGCUUAUGGGGCCACCUGGAGCCAUGGGUCCCAGAGGAAAACCAGGUAUCCCAGGACUUCCAGGAGCAGACGGCACUCCAGGCGCCAAUGGUCGGCCAGGACCGCCAGGUUCUAAAGGCGAACAAGGAUCUCUUGGACCCCAAGGAAGCAUCGGAUUUCCGGGAUCAAGAGGAACAAAAGGCGAUGAAGGUAAAAGAGGUGUAACAGGCGAUAAAGGCGAUAAAGGCGAGAGAGGUCUGGAAGGGGAAAAAGGAGACCAAGGUGCUAAAGGAGAGAUGGGCCUGCAUGGACCACAGGGACAGCCAGGGAUGGAAGGACCUGAAGGACCAAAGGGUUUUGAUGGACCAAGAGGCGAAGUGGGAUCCAUUGGAAAUCCUGGUGAAAAGGGAAAAGAAGGAGCUGCAGGACUUAUAGGAUACCCAGGAGUACCUGGUGAAAAAGGAGAUAAGGGAGCCACUGGAAAGAACGGACCAACUGGAGAAAAAGGAGAAAGAGGUCAUCCAGGACCUCAAGGGGAUAGAGGUGAACCAGGAGCAAGGGGCUUUAGAGGCAUGAGGGGUCGUAGAGGUAGAAGCGGCCUACCGGGAACUAAAGGCGAUACUGGACUAGCUGGUCCAGCGGGACCUCAAGGGGAUAUAGGACCUCCAGGCCCUGAUGGACCUAGAGGUCACACUGGACCACCCGGAACUCCUGGAGAAGCUGGAAAGAAUGGUGCUGCUGGGUUGCCUGGAGAAAGAGGCCCUCCGGGUGAAGCAGGAAAGGUUGGGCCUCCAGGACCCUCAGGAGUAAUCGGACCCCCAGGAGCUACCGGAGAACCAGGACCCAUCGGUGAGCCUGGAAGUCCUGGAAAUCCAGGGGUACCUGGAGAACCCGGACUGUCUGGAGAUGCUGGAAAAGAAGGUCCACCUGGACCGAUCGGACCCUCUGGCAGACCAGGUCCUCCAGGCCCUACUGGACUACCAGGAUUUCCUGGCGAAAGGGGGCAUAACGGAUUACCGGGCAUGCCGGGCUUAAAAGGAGACGCGGGUCCUCCAGGCCCACUAGGACCUAUCGGAGACAAAGGUGCCACGGGUGAACCAGGAAACGAUGGUCCUCCAGGACCAGCAGGUCGACCUGGACCCCCAGGUCCAUCUGGUGCCGGUGGAGCGAAAGGAGAAAGAGGGGAGUCAGGGCCUGCCGGGCCGAUGGGCAGGGAUGGGCCGCCUGGAGUGAAAGGACCUCCUGGAGGUCCAGGACCUGUAGGGCCACCUGGAGAAGAUGGCGAUAAAGGAGAGGCUGGACCACCAGGGGAUAAGGGCACUAAGGGGUCUCCAGGAGAACAUGGGCCAAUGGGUAGCCCAGGUCCUCAAGGCAUACGAGGCGAACCCGGAUCGCAGGGACUUCCGGGAGAACGGGGCCCACCCGGUGAACUAGGGCGGAUGGGACACAAAGGCGAAGAAGGACCUAGAGGACCGCCAGGUCCCGCAGGGCCUGCAGGGCCACAGGGACUCCCUGGACCACCAGGUAUGAAAGGAGAAGUAGGAGACGUAGGACAGAAGGGGCCAGUGGGUCCAGGGGGGUCACCGGGAGAGCCUGGACCUAGGGGACCAAAGGGCAUAGAGGGGCUGCCUGGACUGCCUGGACCUGAUGGGUUGCAAGGACCUAAGGGAGAUGAUGGACCACCUGGUCCUAUGGGACCACCAGGAGCUGAAGGAAAGCCGGGUGAUCAAGGAACGCAAGGCCAAAAAGGUGAAGAAGGCAAGAUGGGCAUUCAAGGUCCUCCGGGACCAAGAGGGCCACCAGGACCUGAAGGUGCCAGAGGUGCAGUUGGUGCCCAAGGAUUUCCAGGACCUCACGGUGAACCCGGUUUACCUGGAUUGAAAGGAGAACCUGGAAAAGACGGGGAAGAUGGGAAACAAGGAGAACCGGGUCCACCAGGUCCUCCUGGAGAAAAUGGCAAGAUGGGACCUGUUGGACCUCCUGGUAGACCUGGCCCUGAAGGCACGGCUGGAUUGCAAGGUAGUCCAGGUCCGCCAGGCGAGAAAGGAGAUAAAGGAGCAAUUGGAGCACCAGGACUUCAAGGACUUCCAGGUCCUCAGGGAGUAGCUGGACCUCAGGGGCCUACAGGCGUCAGAGGAUCGCUAGGAACAGCCGGAGAGACUGGUCCACCAGGCAAUCCAGGCAUUCCAGGCGAACCUGGAAAAAUAGGAGAACCAGGACCUCGAGGACAGAAAGGAGACAGGGGAAGAAGAGGACCAAAAGGGCACAGAGGUGAAAUGGGACAUCCAGGACUUAAGGGCGAUGAAGGGGAAAGGGGCCCUAGAGGAGAAAAGGGUGAUAGAGGACCAGAAGGUCCAAAAGGAGAUACGGGUUCCAUAGGUCCCCUGGGUCCCAAAGGCUCUGACGGACCUCCAGGACUUCCAGGUCCCGAAGGGCCACCCGGUCCUAAGGGUGUAGAAGGCAGAACGGGUCCAAAAGGGGACACGGGACCACCGGGACCACCUGGACUACCUGGAGCACCCGCAGAGAUGCCUCUUAUACCACCAGAAAUGUUAUUCCAAGCACAAGUUGCUGCUGGUAAUGUGGACAAAGGAAUUACUAGAAGAAGGAGGGAUGUUGGAGAAUUGAUAUCCGAAUAUGAAGGCGAGGUCCACUCCAAAACAUCAGAGACGCCUGAAGCAAACAAAUCGGGAGAAACGAAUAAAGAGGAUAUGAACAUGAAGUUCCUGGAUAUGUACAGCACCAUUUAUACAAUGAGAGAAGAAUUGGAAGGCAUCAAAAAACCAACUGGUACCAAAGAAAAUCCUGCAAGGACAUGCAAAGAUUUAUAUUACGGGCAUUCACAUUAUAAAGAUGAUUGGUAUUGGAUCGAUCCAAAUCUGGGCAUGCGGGAUGACGCGGUCUACGUUUACUGUAACAUGACAAUGCAAGGCGAAACAUGUGUGUUUCCUGACGAGCAUAGCUCUAGUAUGCCCAACAUACCUUGGAGGAAGGAAGGAAAUAGAAAGGACUGGUACUCUAAUCUCAGAGGAGGAUCAAAGAUUACUUAUGCUACGAUUGGCACAGUCCAAAUGACGUUCCUCAGACUGCUUUCUCAAGAAGCUUACCAAAACUUCACGUACACGUGCAUCAACAGUGCUGCGUGGUUCAACGCUAAGACGUUCAAAUACGACAUGUCCGUAAAGCUCCUUGGUGACAACGAACAAGAAUUCUCACACAAUGGUAUCAAACCUGAAGUUAUAUUCGACGGCUGUAAAGCAAGAAAAGGGAAAAGUGAAACUGUUUUCGAAAUUAAGUCCAAGCGAAUAGGCCGAUUGCCUAUUGUGGAUUUCUAUCCAGUGGAUUAUGGGGCUCCUAAUCAAGCAUUUGGGUUUUCUGUAGGACCUGUUUGUUUUAAGUAAAAUCAGAAUGUUAGGCAAAAUGAUGUGAUUGUGAAGCAAUUGCCUAAUGGAACAAUAUGAACACAAACUGCUGUCUUGAUUCGGGUCUAAAGACCGUGGUCGGUUGGAAUUUCUUCCUAACGUUUCGCUAGCACGAGUGGCAAGCUUCUUCAGAGGUUCUUCCAUUUCAGAUGCUGGAUGCAGACCCGUAUCAAUACAGCAGUUUAUCAACUGGCCGCGAAAGCCUUAACCAAUUUGUCAAUAUGAACACAACUAUUAACACCUUAUAUGAUCUAUGAAAUCAUAACACCCUGAAUAUAAUCCCUAAUCUGUUAAGCAAUAUUUAUGAGCAGACACUUUUGUUGACCUCUUUGUUGUAAAUUCUGCAUCGAUUUUUUAUCAUUGACACAGGCGGCAUAAGUUGCAGUACAUCCCUCGAGGCCUAAACCAAAACAAGUCAGUAUUAAAUCUCAAUUCAAAUCAAUAUAAAAAUAGGCGUUUGAAAAUAUGAGCUAUGAUACUCUUCCACAUAUUCUUUCUUGAGUAUUGUUGACUUAAGUCAGGCAUAUGCCUCUUUAUAUACUUAUGAUAAUCAUUUCAUACUUUUAAGAAGCAUUUAGAAAAAUUAAAAAAAAAUUGUUGAUAGGUUUGUACUUGUUGUUAUAGCACCUUUUUGUAUAUAUAGUUAAUGUUAUGUUAUAUGAUAUAUGUAUCCAAAUGUAAAUAUUUCAUGAACCAGAGACUACCUUUUGCAUUUAGUUGUAUUUUUGUACUUAUAUGUAUGUAUUUUAUUGCUGUAUACAGAAAUAAAAUUAUAAAUGUUACAGAUCGAAAAAUGUGCAAAUAAUUCAAGUUAUUGGAAAUACCAAUAAUAAAUAGACGCGGGGUUAAUAUACCUGGCACUUAUACCAGGUCAUCUCACCAUUGUAUACAAGAGAUAAUCUCUCUAGCCUCUAGA